GUCAGGGACUGCUUUUUGUCUCACACGUUCCAGAAGACACUUUUCUGCUGACCGGUUCCUUCCUGUCUCAUCAGAGGGAGACAGAAGUUGCUGACUGGUUCCUCCUGGUUUCACUAGAAACUGAACGGACACGCACAAUAGGACUCGGACAGGAUGGAGCAGCGAGACAGAAGGAGGGGAGUCGUUGAAGGAGGACAAAGUGCUGAUGAUCCCGGAGAAAGAGAGAGAGAGGCAGUAGUGGGAACGUCACGGCCAAAGAGCAGAACUCCUUUAUCAGUGCGAAUUGUGGCCAACACAAACUUUCCUGCGCUUGCUCCUGUUUUUGACGCUGACCUCCGCCGUGACCUCAGCAAGUUCAGAAAAACCCCCGUCCACCAUCUGUUUUUAACGUUGAAUCCCAAACUCCUGUCGUCCCUGCUCCUGUCUCAGUUCAGUGGAACCACAUCAGCUCAGGCUCAAGUGUUGAAAUAACGUCAUAAUAAGGAUGUGUAUGUAUGUGUGUACGUCCAGGUUAAAGAGCCCCCUUCCCCCGUCGAGGUCGAUGUGCCCCCAGGCUUCCCACCUCCUCUUAUACUCUGCCCAUGCCCCACAGCAGAGCAGGGAAUGCGGGUGCUUCCUGGCAUUGUUCUCCUGCUAUGUGGUGCCUGUUUUGCACACAUGCUGGAUCAUGUGAGGUAAUCCUGAGUUAAUGAUGGUAAAAGUAACGUGUGAGUAAAAGUACCACACAACACACACUUCAAGGCUUCCUCCAGCACCAAACUCCAUUCACAAAAACAGCAAUUUUACAGAGAGGAACACAGGUAGCUGCUGGAGUACUGCUGCCUCAGUUGGUUAGUUUGUAAAGGAUCUGAUUACUUCAUCCAACAGUGAAAGUCACACAAUAACACAAACAAACUAACCAAUAGAGGCAGAGGUAUUCCAGCAGCUCCUGUGUUCUGCUGGGUAAAAUUCCUGUUUUUGUCAAUGGAGUCUGGUAGUGAUAUAUAGGGGUUCCUUCUGUUUCCGUUAUCAUUCAUUUUUAGACAAAAACAUGAGAACAUUUGAUCCCAGAAUCAAAAAUACCAGAGUUAGUUUUAGUUAAACCAGAAACAUCGCUAUGUGUCAGCACCAGACUCCAUUGACAAAAACAGGAAUUUUACUAGGUAGAACACAGGAGCUGCUGGAACACCACUGCCUCCAAUCUGUUAGUUUUUGACUUGUGUAAAGGUUUUAAAUACUUCUUCCAAAAAGGAAAGUCACAGAAUAAUGCAAACAAACUAACUGAUGGAGGCAGAGGUAUUCCAGCAACUCCCGUUUUCUGCUCAGUAAAAUUACUGUUUUUGUCAGUGGAGUCUGGUAGUGAUAUAUAGCAAUGUUUCUGGUUAAACAAAAAGGGUUUUACUCUUUAAUAAAAAGGUCUAUCUCUGUAGGAAUCCUAUCAAUGAUCACUUCUACCUUUUAAUUAACCAGAAACAUUGCUAUACAUGUCUACCAGACUCUGUUAACAAAAACAGGAAUUUUACUGAACAGAAUAUGGGAGUUACUGAAAUACCUCUGCCUCUAUUAGUUAGUUUGUUUGUGUUACUGUGUGACUUUCGGGGUUUGAAGAAGUAUUCUGAUCUUUUACACAAAUGCACUGUCAGAUCGAGGCAGCGGUAUUACAGCAACUCCUGUGUUUUGCUCUGUAGAAUUCCAGUUUUUUUGAAUGGAGUUUGGUGGCGAUGUAUAGGGAUGUUUCUCAUGCUGGAGGAAACGUGGAUCAACACAGGUGAACCACGCCCACAUAUGGUAUUCAUGUGUUGGUCAUGCACUCACGUGUUCUGCCUUUUCAGAAUAAGAUUGAUCCUCAAGGAAAUUUUUCAGAAUCAGAAUCAUUUUUAUUGUCAAGUAAGUUCACACAUAUGAGGAAUUUGUCUCCGUAUAUUGGUGCCAAACUGAUAAUAAUGUAAAGUGUAACAUAAAUAAAUUAGAUUAGAAAUAUUGACAAUAAUACAACAACAUGUUAAGUAUAUAAAAAACAGUUAUUGAAUUUAAUUGUAAGAAUAAGAAGCUGUACAGAUGAUAGAGGUUUGUAUGAACACAGUUUCCAAAUGCGUACCAUUUGUAUAGACACUGUCAAAUAUGUCCUAUGGAAGCCUAUGGGGGACAAUAUUAAUGUGAUAAUGUAAUGGUGCUUAAAUCCAAGUGUAAUGACCCCAUUCUAGUCCUCAUGUUUAUGUUUCCCCCCCCUACAUUUUUAUUUUUCCCCUGUUAGAUGGUCAUAGAUAGUUAAAUUAAAAGUUGAAUAAAAGACAAAAAUAUCUUAAAAGCAAAGAGCAGCAGGGGAGAAAGUGUCAGGAUGGAAACUCUUGGUUGUUUGAAGUAACUUAAUGUGUUUAUACAAGGUCCCCCCCCCCCCGACUAUUAGAUCUAAAGUUUAGGAAACACCUUUAUGUUUGACCAUGUUUUUUUCCAACCAUAAUUAACUCACUCAACUCUUUAACUGCAUGUGUGUGGGCGUCUCUGGACUUCUGUACCAUCCCACUGCUCGCUGAGGAUGUCCUGUUGGAUCAGUGUGUGUGUGUUAAUGAGAGGUGGGAGGGUUAGAAACUCUCAGCUGCUUGAUUGCUCAGAUAGUCCUGAACAUUAGAGCUGGAAGGAGUCAUCUUGGCGUCUGCAGAAAACCCGACAAGAAAGACGACAAGGCCUCCAGAGGGACCUGCCCCCCUCUUCAUCGCCAGUGCCAUCAUCACCACGACGAGACCAUGAGCGCCCACGAGCACAACCACUCGCUGGACUACCACAAUGGCACGCCGUGGUUCGUCUACGAGUGCACCAUCCAGCUGGACGCCGACUACCGCCGCAUCGCCCUCUUCCUCCUCUACCUGUUCAUCUUCAUGGUGGGGCUGCUGGAGAACGCGCUGGUCGUGUGGGUGAACUGGCGCCGGCGCCACUCAGGCAACGGCGUCCUGUUCUGCGUCAUCAACGUGAGCCUGUCGGACCUGAUGGUGAUCGUGAUCCUGCCUUUCUUCAUGAUGGAGGUGACCAUGGACAAGGUUUGGCUGUGGGGUCGCUUCCUCUGCAAGGUCACCAACCUCAUCUACGUGGUCAACUUCUACAGCAGCUCCUUCUUCCUCGCCUUCAUGACCCUGGAGCGCUACCUGUCCCUGGCGAGGCCUACGUUCCCGCCGCUGUUCCCCGUGGUGGGCCGGCGGCGGUGGGUGCUCUGCGGCGGCCUCUGGGUGUUCUCCUUUUUCCUGGCGCUGAUGGAGAACGUCCAUGUGGAUCUCCUGGAGUGGGACGAGCCCGGCUGCUACAUGCUGCCCGAGUACAGCUACACCGAGUGGUUCGUCUCCGUCGCUUUCCUCUGCCUGGUCUUCCAGUUCCUGGGCCCAGCCACCGUCAUCAUCACCUGCAACGUGCUGAUCGCUCGGGCGGUUCGGACGGCGCCGGACGUGCAGGGCGGCAGGGACGUGUGGCUGGUGCACGUGUACUCCCUGGUGUUCGUCCUGUGCUGGCUGCCCUACCACCUGGUCAUGUUCCUGAUGAUCAUAGACGACAUCGACCCUUACAUCUUCAGCUGCAACACAGUGGAGGUCCUCUACUUCUCCUUCAGCGUUGUGCAGGGCCUGUCGCUUUUCCACUGCGUCGCCAACCCCAUCCUCUACAACUUCCUCAGCAAGAGCUUCCGCAACAACCUCAUCAACACGGUGGUGACCUGCAUACCUAGAGAGGGGACCGUGGACCAGGCGGGAGCAGGGAACCAGCCCGCUGGCGCUGCGAACGGGGGCGGGGGAGACCUGGGGAAGCAGCGCAAGUUGAGUAACGCCAGCACGAGCCAGUCUGACAUCGGAUCAUAAGAAGAUGAGACAGGAAGCUAAGACAGAACUGAAUCCAGAACUGAGUCUUGGUGCUUCAGAAAACCAGAGGCAUCACGUCACUCUGGUCUUAAGACUCGUUGACGAGGGAGCUCACCAACACCUUCCUCUCAUAACCCACUUCCUGUUUAUUUCAUCAUGUAUCUGAUCAGUUUUAAACCAAGGAGGAAGGCAGGAAAUGUUUGGCUUUUUUUUUCCUUCCCUCCCUCCCCUAAGCUGCUCAACUCCCACAGGAACUCGUGCCAACGUCUUAAAAUUUCAUGGCACAGGGGAAGAACAGCGCCACGCCACACCAGGAAUGUGUGUAAACAAAUCUGCUGUCUGUCCAGUAAAUGAAAAUGUAACUGAGUAGUCUUAUUCCGCAAACACUACAGAUAAAUUAUAGCUCGCGUUUAUCUGUUUCUGGAUGCCGCUGUAGUCUGUUAAAACACAAUAAAACUCCCUCAAACACUG